AUUAAACGAAACCUCAUUAACUACCCCACUAGAGGGGCAACCCCACUCCCUAAUGUUUUUCAGUCACAUAUUAAAAUCGGUUUGAUCAAUUUUAGCUUCUAUUUUUGAGUAAAAAUCACAUAAAUGAGGAAUAAAUGCCAGGCACUGCAUUUAAGCCUCACACUUUGCUCUCUUCUACCCUUGCCCCCCUUCUCCUUAAACCACUAAAAUAUCCCAUCUUUGACUCCUUUCUCUUCUUAAUCAUUUAACAAUAGUAAAGAGGAUAGCUGAAUUGUUUUUGAGUUGUUUUUUUCCUUCAAGGCUAUUUUUCUUGGUUGCUAGCUGGCUUUCCUGCAUGAAACAGAGUUCCCUGUCUUGUUUGUCACUGUUGCAAUGAAGUAUAUCAGAACCAAUAGCUUGAAACGGUUGUUCUCAUUAAAAAGGCGCAGUUUUGAAGAAGAUGUUAAAAACCAACAUUGGGUUUUCGAAGAAGACAACAGCAACGAUAGCUUCAAAAUUGUCUCAGUUGCAGAGCGCACUCAGAGACCUUCUUGGAAAUGUUUCUCCUUUGAAGAAAUUUUUGUUGCAACCAAUGCUUUUAGCUCAGAGACUUUAGUAGGGAAAGGAGGGUAUGCAGAGGUAUACAAAGGAGUGUUAAAGGAUGGGGAAGAGGUUGCAGUAAAGAGGCUAACAAAAGCUUCAACUGACGAAAGGAAAGAGAAGGAUUUUUUGACAGAAAUUGGAACUAUUGGUCAUGUCUGCCACCCAAAUGUACUGCCACUUUUAGGCUGUUGCAUUGACAAUGGCCUUUAUCUCAUCUUUCAGUUCUCUUCCAGAGGCUCUGUUGCUUCUCUUCUCCAUGAUGUGAAUCUGCCACCAAUAGACUGGAAGACAAGGUAUAAGAUUGCAAUUGGUACUGCUAGAGGACUCCAUUACUUGCAUAAAGGGUGUCAAAGAAGGAUAAUUCACCGUGACAUUAAGUCUUCAAAUAUUCUAUUGACUGCAGAUUUUGAACCGCAGAUAUCAGAUUUUGGACUAGCAAAAUGGCUUCCUUCUCAAUGGACACACCAUUCUAUUGCUCCAAUUGAAGGGACAUUUGGGCAUUUAGCGCCUGAGUACUUUAUGCAUGGAAUUGUGGAUGAGAAGACAGAUGUGUUUGCAUUUGGAGUUUUCUUGUUAGAGAUUAUUUCAGGGAGGAAACCAGUUGAUGCCUCUCACCAAAGCUUGCACUGCUGGGCAAAACCACUCUUGAACCGAGAGGAGAUUGAAAUAUUGGUAGAUCCAAGACUCCAAGGGGCCUUUGACAUUUCACCGCUAAAAAGACUAGCAUUCGUGGCUUCCCUCUGCAUUCGAUCAUCUUCAGCAUGGCGUCCUACCAUGAAUGAGGUUUUGGAAAUUCUUAUGGAAGGGGAUAUCGAUAAAGAGAGGUGGAAAAUGCCAGAAGAAGAAGAGGAGCAAGAAGAAUUCUGGGGCUUCGAGGAUCUUGAAUAUGAAUGUCACAGUUCUUUCUAUGUUUCACCAGAAGAUUCAAUCUCUACUAAAAGCUCUUAAAAGGGAAAAAGAAUC